AUGGAUCAGUCCAAGGAAGUGAUUAUCAUUGGCGGAGGCAUUUCUGGCCUUGGAAUGGCCGUUCAGCUAAAGCGCAUGUUGGGACACGAUAACUUUACCAUUUACGAGAGAUCGGACAAUAUCGGAGGGACCUGGUGGCAUAACCGGUACCCUGCAUGCGCCUGCGACAUCCCCAGUCACUUCUACUCGUACAGUUUUGCUUUGAAGCCAGACUGGUCGACCACGUACCCGGGCCGCGACGAGUUACAUGACUACUUUCUGUCAGUGGCUGAAAAAUAUGACAUUAUCCCCCACUGCCGAUUCAACAAGACAUGCCUCGACUUGGUCUGGGACUCGGCGCGGUCCUUGUGGGUGUGCACGUUCCAAGACACGAUCAGCGGGGAGGUCGUUAAGCAUGUGGCUCCCGUGGUGAUCAGCGCUAUUGGGACCCUGGAUCGCCCGUUCAUCCCCAACAUUGAGGGCGCCGACACCUUCAAGGGGAAGAUCUUCCACAGCGCUCGCUGGGAUGACACCCUGGAGACUCAAGGGAAGAACAUUGUUGUUCUGGGGAACGGCGCAUCGGCCACUCAAUUCGUGCCGGAGCUGGUGAAGGAGGUCGGCCCCAAGGGGAGCGUCGCUCAGUUUGUUCGGAGCGCGCAUUGGUGGACAAAGCGGGGAAAUCCAAAAUACUCAGAAGCCUUCAAACUCGUCAUGAAGUACGUCCCGCUUGCAGCUCGGAUCUACCGGGUGCACCUGGCGUGGCAGUUGGAGAGCGUUUUCUAUUCCUUCUUCAUGACUGCCCGAGGCGCAGCUAUGCGCCAGAGGAUUCGCGAUGCCACGUACUCGUACAUUGAGAGCGAUGCCCCACCACAGUAUCGUGAUGUCCUUAAGCCGGACUAUGAGCCCGGGUGCAAACGUCGGGUGAAUACGGCCACGUAUCUGGCCUGCCCCCAUUCCCCCCAAAUGUUCUUGACCAAGGAUAGGGUUGUGAAGAUCGGUCCGGACCACGUCAUAACAGAUGCCGGUGAUCGGUAUCCUGCUGAUGCUAUCAUUUAUGCGACGGGGUUUCUGACUCAAAAGUGGCUCUAUCCUAUUGGUGUCCGAGGUGUUGAUGGUAAGGACUUGCACCAAGUUUGGGAUGCCUCCGGAGGCGCAGAGGCAUAUAAAGGCACUGUGGUCACCGGUUUCCCCAAUUUCUUCAUCCUCUAUGGUCCUAAUGCCGCCACUGGUCAGCAUUCUGUCAUCUUUCACUCGGAAUGCCAGAUCAACUAUACCUGUCGCUUGCUGCGGCCCGUGCUGAGUGGCAGGGCGGACUCGAUUAUGGUGAAGCCGGAGGCACAGGAACGGGACCUGAAGUGGGUGCAUGGAAAGCUCAAACGGCUGGUCUUCAACAGUGGCUGCCAGAGCUGGUGGAUGGAUCCGGUCACCAAAAAGAACACCUUCAUUUACCCGGAUCCCAUGUACAAGUACUGGUUGCGUACCAUCUUCCCUCGGUGGUCUGACUUUCAGGUCAAUCGAAGCCGAAAACCGCGCCGUUCUCUCAGCAAGGUUGCUGUCAGCAUCGCCUUGUCUAUGGGUGUGGCGACAUAUGCCGCCAUGUGGUUCACAGAAUCCGAAGAAAUUAUCACGCAGUUCUCCAGCUGGGUUUUGGGAUCUUGUUGA